UGACAGUUUCCAGUGCAUGCUUUUUUUAUAUAAGGAUUUUUUAUAUAAGGAAUAUAAGGAAGGACAUAACCACAGAAUAUUUGAGUGAUAUAAACACCGUCUUAACAAUUGAGUAUUGUUUACAAAAUUAAACGGAAUUCUGUAAUUUAUGAUUUCAGAAUGAUGGAAAACACAGAAUCCUCGGGCAGGGAAGCCGGAGCUGUGAUUAUAACUGAACAAGAACGUGAUUUAGCCCAAAAUGCUCUCGCGGAAUUUCAAAAACGUUCUUAUACUUCAUGUUUGACAUAUCUAAAUAAAUUAGAAGCCCUCAGACCAAAAGAUCUGAAAGUAAUGCAUAAUAAAGUGAUUAUAGAAUACUACAAAAAUGACUUGAAGAGAACAGAGUUAGCCAAAAAGAGUCUGAAUGCUAUUUGUGGAGCACCAACAACUCUUGAUUCAGCUCCAGAUAAUGCAGACGAUGUCGAAAAAUCUGUGAUGAGAUUUAAUCAAGCUGUGCUCCUUUAUCAUACUGGACAGGAUGAACCAGCGCUCCAAAUACUAACCAGAUUGUUUGCACUUGUUGAACCCAUGGAAGAAAAUUUGGCUUGGAACGUUUGUCUACUCUUGAUCGAACUCCACAUUGUAACAAGCCGUUUGGAUGCAGCUCUUGCUCUCAUAAAUUAUGUCGAAAGUCAAUUCAUCUGUUCUACGGACUCAUCGAAAUUGACUUCACCACCAAUACAGGAAGGCCCAUCAAAAGGCAUUACGAUUAAAGAACUGAAGGAGAAGAAAAAAGACAACAUAGAAUCAUCGAAUGAUUUAUUCAGGCAAAAGUUAUUGAAGUAUAAGGCGAGGGUAUAUCUAUUGCUUCAGCAACCAAAAUUAUGUAGGAUGGAGUGGAAGCUUCUCCUUACUCUAGGGACACCAGUGAGCAUCUCAACAAUAUUUCUUAAAGCGCAUUUGGAGUAUAUGAGAGGGAAUUUCAAAAAGUCGUUGAAGCUUCUCAAUUCCGCGUCAGACAAUUUAGAAUAUAGAAUUUGCGGAGAAUCAGCAGCCGUUUUGUAUUACAACAAUGUGGCUUGUAUAAAUUAUGCCAACGGGAAACCCAAUUUAGCAGCAUUUUAUUUUCAAAAAGCCUUGGAAGAAAAUAAGAAAGCUGUAGAAAGUGUUCGGGUAAAAGAGACGGAUCCUAUGUCAUCUCAACCUUUAUAUACUUUAGGCGGUGAUCGGCAUUACGAAUUGAUGUUCAGUCUGGGUGUGUCAUUACUCCAAGCGGAACAAGCAACAAAAGCUUUUGAUUGUUUUACUGAAGCAGCACAAAAACUCCACAACAGCCCAUCCCUGUGGUUGAAAUUAGCAGAGUGCUGCAUAUACUGCCAUAAACCUUCGAAUGAAGUAGAUUUCGACAUUCCCAAGAGACGAGAGGACAUGGUGCAAAAAGUCGUUGGUACUGGAGCACAUAGAAAAAUCAUUCUAGCUUCAGCAUUAAGUAAAGACACGCAAUAUCAUGUCGAGAAUCUAUCUUACGCAAUUCCACAGCCAACACUGGAAUUCGGAAUGUUAUGUCUGAAAAAUGCACUCUUUACUCUGCCAGAAGAAGAACAAUCGACACGAACUUUCAGUAUACCAUCACCACCUAAUCCAUCGGUCAGUUCAGCGGUAACAUCCGGUCUACAAUCAGCAAUUGUGUCUCUAGCAUCGCCUGGUCAUAUUCUAGGCAAUCCUCCAGCAGCAGCUCCUAUAAUACCUGUAACUUCGAAAGUAACCGCAGUUGAAUCUUCAAACCUGAAAAUCGCGAUCCUUGGAGCUUCCGCAUAUGUCUCGUUAUGUCUAGGAGACUACAUCGCUGCAUUAGAACAUUCAAAAUCUCUUUUAGCCAUCGAAAAAAUCCCAGGAGCGUAUAGAAUGCUGGGAAAUCUUUACGCUGCUGAGUGUCUCAUUCUAAUGGAUAAAAUUAACGAAGCUAUUGAUCAUCUCAAAAUAGAAAAUUUUGAGGAUUUAAAUACAUCCAUACCUGUUCCAGAUGCGUUGGAUAGAGAUAAGACUCAAGAGAAGCUUAUUAAUACAAAAAAAUGGUUUCCCACCAGCCUUGUGACAGCAAAAGCGAUACUUCGUUACAAUUUAGCAGUGGCUUAUGCCACCAGAGGCGAACUAGAUAAAUCCAGUGAAACACUUAAAGAAGUUUGGGUAUCAAAAGGGCCCGACUGUGAUAUACCAAUACACGUAAUUAUGCUGGCACUCUACAUUGAAUUGCAGAAAGGUAAUGUGGACAUUGCAAGAUCAAUAGUAAAGCUGCACUGCCCUCAAUACUGGAGUUGAGGUUGAGAAUUAGCCAAAUAAUCAUAUAUAUUGCCAUUUAUUGUAAAUUUAUCAAUCUAAUUUUGAAUACCUUUUAGAAGUGAAAUAAUAUUUUGUAAUAAUUAAUGUAUCAAGAUUCAGAUAAUAAUCAUAAAAAUCAUGAA